AUGUCGCUCAAUGCUACCGGCCCAAGCAACUUGAGCGGUGCUUGUUGUCUUGCGCUGUGGUCCCUGCUUGGGGCUGCCAAAGUCGCCUUUCCGGGCUCCCAGCUGUACAACUUGUCUCGCUCCUCGUACUUUUCUCAGCAAGAGGCCGAGGUCCAGCCCCUCUGCGUGGUCGCUCCCUCCACCGUGGACGAUGUCUCUACCGCCCUGAAAUCGAUCACAUCCAUCGCGGCAUCGCUCCCCGACGAGGAAAGGUCAACCUGUGACUUUGCCAUUCGCUCCGGGGGCCAUGCCCCCAUCGCUGGAGCGGCCAACAUCGAAAGAGGAGUUACCUUCGACCUGCGGGAUCUCAAUGCCAUCGAACUGAGCAGCGAUCGAACCAUUGCCUCGGUCGGCGUCGGAGCUACUUGGGGCAAGGUGUAUGCCAUUCUGGAUCCGCUGAAUCGGUCUGUCGCCGGCGGUCGCGCCGCGCAGGUCGGCGUCGGGGGCUUGACCACCGGCGGAGGUAUCUCGUACUUUUCUCCCCGCUACGGAUGGACCUGUGAUACCGUCCAAAACUUCGAGGUAGUGCUGGCAAACGGGACAGUCGUCAAUGCGAACGCAGACGAGAACCCAGACCUGUUGGUUGCGCUGCGCGGAGGCUCCAACAACCUGGGGGUGGUCACCCGAGUGGAUCUGACGGCCUUCGAGCAGGGUCCUCUCUGGGGGGGAGCUGUCUCCUACUCAGUCGACACCAUCGAUCAACAGCUGAAAGCCACCGCCGAGUUCAGCAUCGCCGAGACCUACGAUGAGUAUUCCUCGUUGAUUGCAAUAUAUACUUUUUCGAGCGCCCACGCCGCCACCAUCAUCAACAGCAUCAAAUACACCAAGCCAGAGGAGAACCCUCCGGCCUUUCAGCCCUUCACUGAGAUCCCUUCACUCCAGAACACAUUGCGCAUUGCCUCUUUAUCGGACAUUUCAGCCGAGGAAGGGUCAUCAUCACCCAAUGGAAAACGACAAUUGGCAACGGUCACGACAUUUGAGUCCUCCCUACCCAUGUUGAAUGCGACCUACCGGCACUGGAACACCAGCCUGGCAGCAAUACAAGGCGUACCGGGCAUCGUCUGGUCCUUUUACCUCGAGCCGCUGCCUCCGUCGAUCUACGCCCGGGCCGGCACAGAUAACUCAUUGGGUCUAUCUGACGCGUCCGGAUCCCUGAUGGUAGCUCUUCUCGGCGCAAUCUGGAACGAUGACGCUGAUGAUGAGCAAAUCGAAAAAGUCAGUCGUGAGCUGCUUACUGCCAUUGAGAACGAUUCCCGUGACAUGGACGCCUAUCACCCGUUUGUGUAUCUGAACUACGCGGCUCCAUGGCAGGAUCCGAUCGCUAGUUAUGGGGAGGCUAGUGUGGAGCGACUGAGUCGAGUGGCGCGGGAUGUAGAUCCAAGGGGGGUUUUUACCGCAAACGUGCCCGGGGGUUUCAAGAUCCCUGGGGAUCGUUCGGUGGAGUGA